AUGCCUCUCCCUAUAAAUUUCACCCUCAACACUGGAGCCGAGAUCCCGGCCGUCGGGUUCGGAACCUGGCAAGCUCCCCCCGGCCAGGUUGAAAAGGCCGUCGAAGAGGCUCUCCGGAGUGGUUAUCGCCACAUCGACUGUGCUUCCAUUUAUCGCAACGAAGUCGAAGUUGGUGACGGUAUUCGCAAGAGUGGUGUCCCCCGAUCAGACAUCUUCAUUACCGGCAAGCUCUGGAAUACUAAACACGCACCCGAAGAUGUGGAGAAAGGCCUUGACAGGUCGCUGAAAUGUCUCGGUGUUGAGUACCUGGACCUUUUCUUGAUGCACUGGCCCUGUGCUUUCAAGUCUGGCGAUGACUGGUUCCCCAUCGACUCAGAUGGUGUCUUCGAGUUGGCCGAUAUUGAUCCCUCUGAGACCUACAAGGCAAUGGAGAAGCUGAUUGACACCGGCAAGGUUCGAGCCAUCGGCGUCUCAAACUUCACCCAGCAACGUCUAGAGGAUCUCAUGUCCAAGACCUCAGUCGUCCCUGCAGUCAAUCAGAUCGAGGCUCACCCUUACCUCCAACAACCCAAGCUCUUUGACUACUGCAAGUCCAAGGGCAUCCAGGUGGCGGCCUACUCCCCUCUAGGCAACAACCAGACCGGCGAGCCGCGCACUGUUGACGAUCCUCUGGUUGCCGAGCUUGCCAAGAAGUUAGGAUUGGAUAUCGGACAAGUGUGCUACUCUUGGGGUGUCCAGCGAGGAUCCGUUGUGUUGCCCAAGAGUGUCACCCCUAGCCGCAUCAAGUCUAAUCGAGAAGUAACCGAGCUGCCGAAGGAUGCUUUUGAGCAGCUAAAUGGCCUGGAGCGAAACAAGCGUUACAACUGGCAGACAAGAUGGGGUUACGAUAUCUUCCAGGAGCUAGGAGAGGAAGAGGUCAAGAGGGUGGCAAAGGAGACAGGCCCUGAAAACAAGGAGAAGUUUGGUAAGAAAUAG